AUGAAUGGUGGUAACAGUAUCCUACCAACGAUGUCAGCUUAUGGAAGGGAAAUGGACCACCACCACUAUAAUGGGGUUCCUUCAUCAGGGAAUUCUAAUAUGUUGACAGGCUACCCUAUUUUAUACCAGAACAAUCACCAUAAUCACCCAGCAGGAGACCUUCUUACACUGCAAAUGCAACUUCAAGGGAACCCAUCUAAUAAUGAAAAUGAAAACACUCUAGCAGCCUUACAGAGAAACUGGAUUGCUUUGCAACAGAAUAAUGGUAAUGUUGGAGGAACAGGAACUGGUGCCAAUAACGGUAUGUUGCAUUCAUCUAUUCACCACCCCUCUGCAAUGACAUUACCAAACGAUGAUAUGGGCUACAUGAGGAAUCUGAUCCCGAUUGGUGGAAAUAAUUCAUCUCCACUCCACUCAAACCAGUCUACUCUUUUGGAUUCUUUAAAAUUUGGAGGUGGUUUGGAGCCUCCACAAGUUUCUCAAUAUGGGCAUCAUCAUCACUUGUCAAAUGGAAGUUUACAACCAAGUAUCUUGGAUAAUGGAAUAUUGGGGAAUAAUGUAGGAAUUCCAGGAAUGGGUCGUAACAACCAAAUGAAUGUAGGAGCUUCUCCGAACGGUAGAUUACAAAUGCCUAUGAAUCCAAAUAAUGGUUUGGGUGUAAAUGUAGAUAUGGUUUCAAAUAAUGGAAUGAUCCCAAUGAAUUGUAAUAACCCUAUUUCCGGAAAUGUAAUCGUGAAUACAAAUACAAAUAACAACAUUGAGUGGCAAGGAGGUAUACCGAUUCGUAACAUUCCUGACUUAAUGACUAUGUUGGAUUUAUCAGAUAUACCGCCGCAUGUCCAAAUUCCAAAAUAUUAUGAGGGCAUUAAAAUAUCUCUGGGAGAAGCAGGACGUGAAAUUCUCAGGUGUUAUAUUAAUCAAAGAGGUAUUAGAGGAAAGUUUAUGAGCUCUAGCAAUCUUCAACAGUUAUUAAGAGUUGCACAUCAAUGUGGACUAUGGAACGCAGCAGUGAGGUUGCAUUUAGAGUUUAUUGGAGAGAUUCCUAUGACAGCCAGUCAUGCUGAAAUGAGAAAGUAUAAGAGUCUUCAGACAAAGCGCAGGUUAUCAAAAAGGAUCUCAGUUUUGUCUAAAUUUGGAGCUCCUGUCGUUCGUAGAGCUGAUGGAGAGGAGACUAUAGAGUAUAGAGAUGGGAUGAAGCUUUCUCUUGGAGUUGAUGGUAGAAAGCUGUUAUUAAAGCGUAUUAGAGAGACCAGAAGUUCAAGAGAAAAUGAAAUAAACAAUUUGUUUUCCAAGUACGGCCUAAAAUAUAGUCAACUCAGAAAUGCAACUAUUCACGAGUUAUGUAGGAUGGCUUAUGUCUGUGGUCUCUGGGAAGAAGCUGUUAAGCUUCAUUUUCAACAUAUAAGAAAGAAAGCUCAUGAAAGUACUUCAAACCAGCAGGAGUCUGGAAGUGAUCUUGAUAGUGAAAUGGAUUUGAAUAAGGACAGAGGAGACGAUGAAAUGAUAUCCAAUAACUUUUUACAACAGCUUCACAAUCCCAAUAUUGAUAUGUUAAAUGUAAAUGGUCCAGGUAAUCCUGGUGGUUUAACGGGAGGUAGUACAGGCGGAAUUUCCCAGAAUCCGGUUAUGGGAACUAUGGGUACUGAUCCUGUUCAUGUUGGUGGAAGUUCUGCUACACAAAGUGCAGCUCAUCAUGUGCAUCAACACCCUUCGAUUCAUCCAGUCUCACAUAUUCCAACAGGUUUGGGUCGCUUUGGAAUGUCAUCUGUUGGUGGGUCCGUUGCUAACAGUAGUGGAAACAAGUCUGGUGGUGAUGGUGGGAAUACAAGCUCGAAUGUUAAUACUAAUGGAGGUUUAUCUGGUGCAAAUUCAAUGAUUGGAAUUGUAGAUAAUGGUGGUGGUAUCCACCCAUCAAUGGUAAUUCCGAAUAAUGGAGGAACGACUGUGAAUAAUACUGGAGCUCAUACAAUCCCAGGUGAUCAUCUGAACUAUGAUGAUUAUAGAAAUUAUAUUUUGGAUGGAGGAAGCAAUACUGGAAAUAUUGAUAAUACUGGUUUGUCAUCGAUGAGAAAUGGCACUAUGGAAAACCUAAGUAGUCGUAUCAUUAGACAUGAUACAAGGGGGAAUAAUAUGGGAGCUUCUUCAAAUAGUAUUAACAAAGUAUUGGGUAGUAGUCCUAAUACUGUAAAUAAUGGGGCAGUAAGUAAUAAUGGUGGAGGAAAUAAUGUUAAAAAUGUUGGUGGUAAUAAUCCAGAUGUAAAUGAUUUGAAUGGGAAUAGUAUCUUAACUGGGAUCGAAAAUGAUGGUCUAAUUGGAAUGUCGACAGGUGCAUUGGGAGCUUUUGUUGGUUCAAGUUCUUCAGGAGCAAGAAAUGGCCUUUCAAAUUAUGACGGUAUUGGUGUUCCAAGUACAGGAGGUACAGGAUAUGAUGAUUAUUCAUUAUUAUCGGCAUCAUUGAGAAAGAGAGGAAAGGUUAGUAAUACUCAUAUGGUUUCAGGUCUUGGAGCUGUAGAUGACUCUAAUUCGAAUGAUUUAUCAACUCCUAGUAUUGUCUCACAUCCUAAUACAUCAUCAUUUGUUAUGGAGACAAUAUCAGGUAUUUUAGGAGACGAACCCUUAGGAAACAAUAAUAUGAGCGAUAAAAUGAAUAAUUACAAAGGUAACAAUUUAUCUUCAGUCUUGGGAAACGAUAUUGGGAUUUGCCAAAAAAAUGAAGUUCCUCAAUUAUCAGCAGUUGUUGUGUUGGCAGCAGCAAAGGCUGCAGAAGCAGCACAAGGAUACGAUAAUAAUGAUAAAGAAGCUUUUAAAGAGAGUGAGAAUACGUUAAAUCAAGGUUUAGAAGUUGAUUCAAUGUUGAAAGGUCGCAAAUCGGCAUCUAAUUCUCCAGUGUUAUCAUUAGACGGAGAUAAAAACGAAUUAUCAUCGGUUACUGUUUCACAGCCAUUGGAAAAUAAUCAAGGAAUUAAUCAAGAUUUAUCAGCAGCCACAGAGGGCGAAGGAAUUACAAGUUAUCAGAAAGAUUACUCUAAUAAUUGUAAUAUUAAAAAUAAUAAUGGUAAUAGAAUUGAAGUACCUUUAGAGUCUAAUAUGUUAUUAAGUGGUCACCAAAAUGACCAUUUAUUGUUGGAUACAGUUAAUACUAAGAUUAUGCCGUCUGAAAUUUGUAUGGAUGGAAAGUACGAGUUAAUAGGAAAUGGUAUAACUAUUAGUCACACAAACAAUAAUGAUACUGAUAUUCCAACUGAAGGUGUGGGAGGUGGUGUUGUUUCUACUUCCUCUGCCGCAGUAUCAUCUACAUCCUUGGAGGCAUCUGACCCAUUUUGUUUUCCUCCCCCAAUAGCUCUACCUUCUACAACGGGUCAUAUAGAAAAGAAUGAUACUACCAGUGAAAAUGAAAAUAAUAUUAUCAAUAAUAAUAUUGAUAAUAGUAGCAAUAUUGGCAAUAACAACAGUAACCCAGAAAAUGGUGUUUCAUUGGUUUCUAGGGGUCUUACAACACAAUCAACAACUGAUACUAGUAUAGAAACACCUGGAAAUUAA